AUGGUUCCCAGAAGAACCCUCGCCGCCAUCGCGGCGGCCUUGUCCCUGACUACAUCUGCGUCGGGCUUCGACGCUAAAGGGAAAUCCAACGUUGCCGUUUACUAUGGCCAGGGGGAGAACCAACCACGCCUCAGUCACUUCUGCCAGGAUACUUCGUUGGAUAUUAUCAACAUUGGAUUCGUCAACACUUUCCCUGGCCAAGGCGCCGCUGGGUGGCCCGGGAGUAACUUUGGCAAUCAGUGUGAUGGCAACACUUAUGAAAUUGGUGGGGUCAAGACACAGCUGCUCUCGGGUUGCCAUCAAUUGAUGGAGGACAUCCCAAUCUGUCAGGCGGCGGGUAAGAAAAUCCUGCUGUCGCUCGGAGGGGGCACCCCAGACAACCAAAAACUCUUGUCUGACACUGACGCCGUUGAAUUUGCCGACUUCCUCUGGGGGGCUUUCGGCCCCGUAGAUGAUAGGUGGACGGCCGCCGGUGGUCCCCGUCCGUUUGGUGAUGUUGUCGUCGAUGGGUUUGACUUCGACAUAGAGCAUAAUGGCGGUUUCGGCUAUGCGAUCAUGGUCAAUCGAUUCCGUGAACACUUUAAUCGGGUACCUGACCGUCGUUUCUAUAUCUCGGGCGCGCCCCAGUGUCCAAUCCCGGACCAACAGCUAAGCCUCGCCAUCGCGAACUCCGUCUUUGACUUUGUCUGGGUUCAGUUCUACAACACCGAAGGCUGUUCUGCUCGCAAGUACUUCAGUGGCAGCGGCGGCCGUAUCAAUGAGCGGUUCAACUACGAUUCAUGGGUAAACUUCAUCCAGAACGGGGGCAACCCCGCUACAAAGCUUUAUAUCGGGCUUCCGGCAAGUGAGAAGGCUGCCAAUCCAGGAUACUACCUCAGUCCUAGAGAAGUUGACAGGAUGGUGGCAUAUUAUAUGGAUCGAUACCCGGAUGCAUUUGGCGGUAUUAUGCUCUGGGAGGCAACCGCGUCAGAGCGAAACAGGAUCGAUGGAAUCAACUAUGCGGGCCAUAUGAAGAACAUUUUGGUCCAACGCGAUCCAGCUCAUCCUACCCCUACGACUCCUACCCCUACCAGCAUCCCUGUUACCUCGAGCACGUCCACUGCUCCCACCGGAACGCAUUCACACUCUGAGACCCCCAUUCACUCCAGCACGUCGAUCCCCUCGUCCACCCGUGAAACAACGCAUACAACCUUCCAUUCUAGCCCUUCUGCGUCAACUGGGACGUUGACGUUACCCUCUCCUAGCGUAUCGUCGAGCUCGCGAGUGUCUUCCAGCUCGUCUGCUAGUUCCAGAAGCCAAAGCUCAUCGAGCUCGCAAGUUACGUCUAGGAUAUCUUCUUCGUCCGUUAUCAGGACGCCGACAUUCUCUUCCACCCCCGUCCAUUCCAGCAGCACAUAUUCGUUUACAACCCCAACGUCGGCCCACUCAAGCCCGUCGAGGACUGCCACUACUUCUCGCAGUCGAGUUCCUUCCAGAUCAUCGUCCCUGUCUGUGAGACCAACCCCGUCGAGUACCGGCAUUACUUCGCGCAGUCGCAUUCCUUCCAGCUCGCCCUUCAGUUCUAUAAGACCAGACCCGUCGACUUCAUCAGUCAUUUCUGUGACCUCUUCCAGUAAACCUCCGGUGUCGCCACCACUUUCGUCUACAUCGGCCUCUUCUAGCACGUCUGUUUCAUCUGGCACAACUACCUCAAGCCCUCCAGGGAACCCUAGCUCGAGUGCGACAAACCAGUCAAGCUCUACUAAAUCGCGUACUGAUACCGUUUCCUCAUCGGACAAGACGGGCAGCCCAACUGCGUCGCCACCAAUCCAUACCGCGUCUAACCCUGGAAGCGAAACCACGGCCAUCAUCACUAGUGCAACAUCUACAGUCGAGACAACGGCAUCAGCCACCCCUCCUGGUUCCCACUCAGGGGCGUCCAGCACUACGACUGUCAUUGUUACCUCGUACACCAAUAUCUGUCCGACGGGGUUCACCACGAUCACCACGACGUACACAAGCACCUACGGUACUGGGGCGACGGCGACAAUUCCUCCGGUUGGACCAGGAGCGGACACUACCGCACUCCCCCCGCCUGAAGGAUGGACGGCCACCAUCACUGUCUGCACCCACUGCGCACCCACGCCGACCACUGUGACUCUCACCCUGCCGGUGACCACCGCGACCGAGGUUGCCCCUGUGCCCCAUCCCUCCGCUGGCAGUGGCUCUGCAGGCAAUACUGGCAUUGCAUCCGGUCCCAACGUCACACCGACCCCUUCCCAUUCCACUAGCGCCUCCAGUUCUCCGGUCGGGGUGACUGGUACUGUGCAUCCUUCAUGGACCAUGCACAUCCGGCCCCCGCCUAGCAUAUCGCGGGAGACACUGGGGCCGAGUGGCACGGCGGAGCAUACGACGCCCGUAUUCCGUGGUGCAGCAAUCCGGCUGACAGGGCAGGGCUAUGGAGCCGGGGUCCUUGCUAUUAUUCUGGCUGCUCUUAUGAUCUGA